AUGCAAACUUUGUCAAUUAAUCGAAUUUCAUUCUUCAUAUGUAUCUAUAUAUCUAUUUCAUUCUUCACAUAUAUCUAUCUAUCUAUCUAUCUAUCUAACAAUUUCAUUAUUCAUAUCUAUCUAUCUAUCUAUCUAUCUAUCGAUCUAACUUGUAUGUCGCAAUCAAUUAAUCAUUCUAUCUAUUUAUCUAUCUCACUCUGUUCGUACCUAUCUAUCUAUCUCUCUAUCUAUAUUUCUCAGUCUGUUCAUAUCUAUCUAUCGAUCUGUCUAUCUAUCUAUCAGUCCAUUCAUAGUUAUCUAUCUAUCAGUCUGUUCAUAUCUAUCUUUCUCACUCUGUUCAUAUCGGUCUAUCUACCUAUCUAUCUCUGUCUAUUCAAAUUUGUCUGUCUGUGUGUCUGUCUAUCUAUCUAUCUAUCUAUCUAUCUAUCUCAAUCUCUUCAUAUCUAUAUAUCUCUUUAUUUAUCACAGCGUGUUUAUAUCUAUCUAUUACAGUCUGUUCCUAUCUAUCUACCUAUCUAUCUAUCUAAAUGUCUCAGUCUGUUCACGUUUGCCUAUCUAUCUCAUCUGUUCAUAUUUAUCUGUCUGCCUCAGUCUGUAUGUUCAUAUCCGUCUAUCUAUCUUCAUCUAUUUAUUUCAAUGUAUUUAUAUCUAUCACAGUCUCUUUCUCUCUCUAUCUUAAUCUGUUCUCUAUUAAUUUCUCUAUCUAUCUCACUCUGUUUAUAUCAAUCUAUCAUAAUCUGUUUUCAUCUCUCUCUCUCACUCUUUAUUUCGCGCUCUCUCUCUUCUCUCCCCAUCUAUCUAUCUAUCUAUCUAUCUAUCUAUCUAUCUAUCUAUCUAUCUAUCUAUCUUAACCUGUUCUCAUCUCUAUCUAUCUAUGAUUAUGUAGACGCCAUCAUUUGUAAACGAGUUUCAUUGUCUGUUUUCGAACUGAAGAAAUAUGAGAUCUGCUUAACUAUUUCAUUUUAUUUUUAUCUAUCUGUCUAUCUAUCUAUCUAUCUAUCUAUCUAUCUAUUUCAGUAUGUUCAUAUCUAUGUAUAUCUAUCUGAAGAUGUUCAUAUUUCUAUCAAUAUUCAUAUAUAUCUCUUUCAGCCUGUUCAUCUCCCCCUCUCUCUCUCUCUCUAUCUAUCUAUCUAUCUAUCUAUCUAUCUAUCUAUCUGUCUGUCUGUUCGUCGGUUCAUUUGUCUGCCUAUCUAUAUCAGUAUAUUCUUAUCUAUCUAUCUAUCUGUUUCAAUAUGUUCAUAUCUAUCUUUAUCUAUCGGAAAAGAUUUCUUACUACGCUUCCUUCUUUCCAUUUCUUUUCUUCCUCAUCCUCUUCCUCUUUCUACUCUUUUCUGUUUCCUUCUCUCCUUUCUUCUUUGCAUUUCUUUUCCUUUUCUUACCCCUCCUACAUUUUUGUCUUCUCCUCCUCCUUUUGAUCUCCUUCUUUCUUUCCGUUUCUUCUCUUUCUUUACCUUCUCCUUCUGCUACCACCUGUCUUUCUUUGCUUAUUACUUUCUCUUCUUGAUUGCUUUUCUUUUUCUCUUUUUCUUUUUUUUUCUUCUUUCUCCUGCACUUUUUGUCUUUGUUUCCUUUACACUCUCGCCCUCUCUUUUUUCUUUUAUUCUUGGCUGUCCCUUUUUAAUCUUCUUCUUCUUCUUCUUCUUCUUCUUCUUCUUCUUCUCUUUUCUGUCAUCAUUAUCUGAUUGUGCCUUUGAUACAAUGCUUGUCGCCAUGUUUGCUUUGUUCAUCAUCGGCUUUCAUUUUUAUUCUUUCCUUUUUCCCAUUCAACUUAUUUUACAUUCUUUCUAUUCUAAAUAG